UUCCUCCUCCUCCAUCAUCAUCCUCAUCCUCCUCCUCAUCAUCAUUUCGCUGCUGCAGCACUGCUUCAAAACCUAACACAGACGCUCCACGCUGAACUUUGUGUCCUGACACUGCGGAUUCUGCUUCUUUUUCUUUUUUGCCUUGGUAGUUUUUUCUUCUUUUUUUCUUCUUCUGUGGCAUCUUUUUCGAUAUUGACCUGCAGGACGUCGUUGCUCUCAGUUGAUUUUCGUCACUCGCGCAAGAGGACACACAAAAGACGUUUGCACUCGUCCAGGAGCAAGGUGUCUGCAAAUUUGGAGCGUGUGAGCACACGAAAGGAGGACAGCAGGUGCACAUCAGGAGCUGCAUCCAUUUUCAACAUUUAUUCCAAUUUGCGCCACCAGACGAACAUUAGCAUGAUGUCGUAUUUAAAGCAACCACCUUACACGGUCAAUGGCCUCAGCUUAACCACUUCCGGAAUGGACCUCUUACAUCCGUCCGUGGGCUAUCCAGCGACACCAAGGAAGCAGAGGCGAGAGAGGACUACUUUUACGCGCGCGCAGCUCGACAUCUUGGAGGCGUUGUUCGCCAAGACCAGGUAUCCCGACAUAUUCAUGCGCGAAGAAGUGGCUCUCAAAAUCAAUCUGCCCGAGUCCCGCGUACAGGUGUGGUUCAAGAACCGGCGGGCCAAGUGUCGCCAGCAGCAGCAGCAGCAGCAGAACGGCGGGCAGAACAAGGCGCGACCGGCCAAGAAGAAAAGCUCCCCCAGCCGAGAAGCGAGCUCCGAGAGCGGCGCCAGCGGCCAGUUCACCCCCCCCGCCAGCACCACCGCGGUGCCAGCCACCCCCAGCAGCACGGCGCCGGUGUCCAUCUGGAGCCCGGCCUCCAUCUCCCCGCUCCCGGACCCGCUGUCUACCUCGUCGUCGUGCAUGCAGAGGUCGUACCCCAUGACCUACACGCAGGCCUCGGGCUACGGCCAGGGCUACGCCGGCUCCACGUCCUACUUCGGCGGCAUGGACUGCGGCUCGUACCUCACCCCCAUGCACCACCAGUUGUCCGGCCCGGGUUCGACUCUGAGUCCGAUGAGCACGAACGCGGUCGCGGGCCACCUCAACCAGUCCCCGGCGCCCCUCUCCACGCAGGGCUACGGCACGUCCGGUCUGGGCUUCAACUCCACGGCGGACUGCCUGGAUUAUAAGGACCAAGCGGCGUCGUGGAAGCUGAACUUCAAUGCCGAUUGCUUGGAUUAUAAAGAUCAGACCUCCUCGUGGAAAUUCCAGGUCCUGUGAACACAGCGCUAAAGACAGUGCGGGGGCCCUCACAAAAACUGUUUUCUGGGAGGGGGGCUCUCAAACCUAACCUCCUCUUAGAUGAGAGGUUUAAUUUAUUUUAGCACCGGCAAAGAGAUUUUCUUUACUUCUCCCACUCACUUGUAGCCCCCCAACUCGCCCCCUCGCCCCCCACCCAUGUCUAUCAGUGCGUCACUCACCUGUUGAGGACAAGUUACACCCGCAAGGCCACGGAACUCGAACCCUGGACUCAGAACCUCCUUUAAUUAAGCUUCUUUGUUCCGCAACGACGAGGAUGCUGUGCGUGGACAUGGAUGCGCUACUUUAUUUAAGAAAAAAAAAAAAGUGUUUAUAAAGAAUCAAUAUGUAGUUUCUAAGAGACAAUCAGUGUGUGUCUUAUAUAAAUGGUACGUGUUUUUUUGUUUUCAUUUUUAUCUGUGCUAGCCUUCGAAAACUGUGAUCUGUUGUAUUGUAUGCAAUUUGUGAGCCCCCUCCUCGCAUCAUUCGAACAUUUUUAUUUUUAUUUUUUUUGUCUGGAGGGGGAGAGCAGACGCUAAUGAUUAAAUGAGACUUUCCAAGUGGUAGUGAUAAUAUGAAGGGUUAGACACACACACACACAUACACAAAGGCUCGUCGAUCUCAACAUGAUUGUGGGUGCGGUACAGCCUCCAAAUAUGCUGUGGCCUCCCCGCUGAAAAGACAUGAAAAAUAAUAAUAAACAAACAUAAGGUCCC